AAAUAAUAGCACCUUCCUCCUAGCAGUGCUGUAAGGAUCAAAUGAGAUAUUUGUAAAGUAUUUAGUAUAAUACCUGGCACCUUGUAGGUGCUAUUUAAAUGCUAACUAUUACUAUUAUCUGUUUUGCAUGGCUCUAGAGAGCUGACCUAAGGAAUGGGUGGACAUCAAGAGUGAAAAAAAAAGUUUUAAAGGAAAAAAACAAAACACAAUUCAGAAGGGAAAUGGACUGCUUUUGGAGAUGGUGGGUUACCAUACCCUGAAAAUCUUCAAAGGCUACUUGCCAGUGUAAUGGAAAACUUUCGACAUAUAGCUGAUGAAUCAUUUCCAAGCUCCUCGUUAACAGUAACCAGUAGUAACAACAGUGGGAUUUUCGAAAAUGGCAGCAUUUCUUCAAAUCUUGGCCUACCUGUUGCAGUUUCAACAGUUGCUAGAAAUAACUAUUAUUGUGAUGACAGAUAUUCUGAUAAUCAGACAUCUUACCCAGGAAGAGAGAGGUUUUCAUUUGCUCCUGAAUCUUAUGAUAGUCAGUCAGACUCUGAGACAAAAGGGAAGUUUGAUUUUAGCUUCUGGGAUAGGAUACCAGAUGUCAGUAGACUUCCUGGAAAUCAACACAUGUCAGAUAUUCUCAUGAAAGAAAUGCCUUACCAGCAUAAGAAUAUCGACAAAUUGUCAAUUGGAAAUAUGAGACCUGCACAUUCCAUUCAGGGCCAAGAUACUUUUGGAAGGAUUUUACCACUGGAUCAGGUGAAAGAUAUUUCCAGUGAUGCACAUUUCCUCACACAUUUGAGAAGCAGAGAAAACAAGAUUGAUAUAUGUGAUUCUCGAAGAUCAUUAUUUGAAGAUGAAAGAAGCCUUUUAGAAAAUGAGAAGUUAAUAUCGUUUAGAAGCAUGGAAGAUUCUGCCGAUGAAGAUAUUGAUGAUGAAGAAUUUUAUGAUGAUCAUUUGGAAGCUUAUUUUCAACAGUUAGCAUUCCCAGAAAUGCUAAGCGAAGAUCAAGAAAAACAGGAACUUCCAGAAUCUAGCCCAGCUUUUAGGAUAUCAAUUGAUCAUCUCAGUGAGGUUAAUGAAAAUAAUAGACCAAGUUACAGACCUAGAUCAGAAGAUUGUGCCUCUGUGUAUUCUCUUGGAACACAGAUUGUUAUGAAAUCUGUACUUAACUCCAGGCAAGACGGGAAGGAUCAUGUUGCUUCAGUUGUCUCUGAGAAUGAAAGCUGUAUUGAAGAAGAUAAAGGAAAUAUGGAUAAUGUGCCAUUGUUUUCUUCUGAUCCAUGGGAAAUUGAAAAAAACAUAACAAGAGAAGAAGAUAAUACUUUAGUAUAUAAUUCUUCAGUGGAUAAUGUUACGUAUUGUGAGGAUACAAAUAUCGAUCAAGGUAAUUUUGAUCUUUACCCCUUAAAAUUGAGGGUACAGUCCACUCAUCAGAAUAGUACUUUAUCAUCAGAUUCUGAAGCUCUCUUGCCCUUAACUGAUGAAUCCUUAGAAGAUUUCAUAACUCCUAAAAUUGCAGUGCAAAAAAAUGUGGAUACAAAUUCUUUGGAGCCUCUUGAUAAUGAUCCUUUCUGGUCAUCUAUUAUUGAAAGAAGAAUUUGUCAGAAUUGGAACUCUACUGAAAAUAAUGAAAAAGAUGAUCUACCACAUAGUGUCGUCUAUCAAAAUGAAGAAGGUAAAUGGGUGACUGAUCUUGCCUAUUAUACUUCUUUUGAUGAAAAACAAGAUUUAAAUCUUUGUAGUGAUAAUGAAGUGAAUGAAGAAUUCAGAACUGGAUCUGAAGCAAUGGCUUUGAUUAUUCAAGAUGAAAAAGAAUUUGAAAGAGAACACAGAUUUAUGCAGGAAGAGAAAAUAGAUCUUCAGAACACAUCAGGUGCUCUAGGGGAUACAUCAUGGAAUGCAUCUCUUAACUAUAAUAUAUUGAGGAGAUCACCAACUACAUCAGAUAUGACUGGUAAUGAUGCCAGCUACUUGCGGCUUUCUUUAGGGGAGUUCUUUGGUCAGAGAUCCGAAGCGCUUGGCUGCCUUGGCGGGGAUUUUAAUGUGAAAAGGCCAUCAUUUGGUUACUUUAUUACAUCUCCAGAAAAAAGAGAACCUGUAGCUCUAUUGAGGGAAUCUGAUGUAUCACCGGACAAUUUAGAGCAAGAUCAAGAGCAGCAUGUUCUCUUUUCAGAAGGUGUAAAAGAAAAAUUCAAGGAGCCAGUGUAUGAUGAGUCAACUACAUUUAACACUGAUGAUUUGGAGACUCCUUCAGAAAUAGAUGAAAAUUAUAUAAUUUUUAAAGGAAGAACAGAGGACACUUCAGUCAUCAAAAGCAAUAGUGAAAGAUGUGAGGACAAGAUUCCUGAUUGUAAUGAUACUAUACCCAAUAUAAGUACCAUUGCUUCAGCUAUUGCUAAUGCCUCAGUGAGUGCUGAGCCUUCCCAGUUAGCUGCUAUGAUAAUGGCACUUUCAAAUAAAAGCAAACAGAAUAUUUUUCUAGAAGCUAGUAAAGUGAGGAGCUUAUCUCUUGUGAAUCAAAAGUUACCUAGUCAUGCAGAAAGUAAUGGAAACAAUACAUUUGAUAUGGAGAAAUACCUCAAAAAAACAGAAGUUAAUAGAUAUGAAGGCAAUUCUGAUAAUUUUUUGAGAACUGGGUUAUCUGGUACCUGGGAUUUAUCUUCAUCCAGUAAUCCAACUAUACAAGAUUUUCUCGAGGUAGAUUUACACAGUGACUGUAUGAAUGCAAGGGAAACGGAAAAAAAUCCAGAUGUUAUCUUUAAUAAGGAAACAGAAAUAGGGAGUCAGGCAUCAUUGGGUGCAUCUGAUGUAAGUAAAAAUAUUGGACAACAGUGGGGUAAGAAGCAGUGUGUGGAAAACACUGAUAAUGUAAUUGCUGAACAUUUGUCACCCAAUCAAAUCUUGGCAUCAGGAAAAAAUAUGAGACAAUUCUUAAUGGAUGAUACUACCGAAAAUGAAAGGUCAUUCAAAGCUACAUCGUCCUUAGCAAGACAGAUUGCAAGUCAAGCCAUGAAUCCCCUAAACUCACUCCUUACUAGUGGGGAUAGAGCGACAGUUGAUAAGAUGUUUUCCAUGAAUGCCAGAAUACCAGAUGUUGGUACAGGUGAAAAGCCUACUAUGAUCAGCACCCCGAAGCCUGGUAGUUAUUUGCCAAUAAGAAAGUCCACUGCAAUAUUCAACUUGACACCUGCAGAAUGUAAAGAAAUAAAUGAUAGUAGAGAAACCCAGAUUCAAAGCGAGGAUGAUUGUGAGCCAUACAGCAGUGAAAAGCUUGUGACCUUUGAAAAAUGUGAAUUUUUCCCCCAAAAUAUUGGAACAAACCAUUGUUUAACAAAUUUGAAAAAUGCCUCCUCUGAACCGGAGGCACAGUGUUUAGAAGAUGAACAAUUAAACUUUAGACCUUCAACUUCACCACUGAUUCAUUCUUCUCCUAGUGAAAUUCCUGAAACACCUACUUCAGGAACUGAAUCAAAUUUUGUUAGUUCAUCCGCUCAUCCUCAGAGACCUUGUGAUAGUGCAUUGCCUCAGUCUGUAUGUUCAAGUCCUAGUAUGGCUAGGUUAACCUAUGUUUCUGUCUAUGACAGCACCUCUCAUAUAGCUGUUGGAGAUAUUUCUGAGAAAAGUCAGAGCGCUGCUCCCAGUGAACUGAGCACGACAAUUGUUCGAGCCAGUCCAAUUCCUUUGGCGGAACAGGAUAUGGAUAAUGUUAAAGAAAAGGAACCACUACAGAGCAGUGAUGAAGUCUCAAGUAUUAAUUCAAACAUAUUGGAUAAGAAUGCGGAAAUAGAUCUGCCUGCUACUUCUGGUGGCAAAACCGAAGAUCCACUAUCAAAAUCUAAAGUUUUUGCACACUGUUCUGUUAAAAGUGGUCAACCAUUUUUUCAUAAUGAGUUGGGCCAAGUAAUUGGGCCUUUACCAAACAAAAUAUGUCUUUUCCAUCCAGCUUUGUCAUCUAAGAUAGAUACAUGUGUGCCUUGCCAGGACUGUGUGACUCAGAAUCAAGAAUUGACCUCUACAAAUAUGUUACCUCCAUUCAGUGGUUUUAGCAGCCACAUUCAAUUACCUCAGAAUACUUCACAUGACCAAUAUGUGCCAGUUCAGAGCGUAAACUCUCAGGACCUUACUUCUGAAACACAGGCUUUCUCUGGUGCAGUUCCCACACUCCUUCCUAAGAAGUCUCUUCCAACACCAUUUGCACAGCAGUACUUGGGGACUAUAUCAACCGGAAAUGUUGCUUUGUCUCAGUAUCAUAUUGGUAGUUCUACAGUUUAUGGUCAUUCAGGAGGAUAUCCCUGUACUUCCAUUUCAAGAGAACACAUUCACAAUUCUGUUGCAGUGGGCAUGUGUCUAGGAAAUAAUGUUGGUUCUGGAUUAUUGGGCCCUACUUCCCUUUGUAAUGCUCAUUCAAAUGCAUUAAGUCAAAAUCUUUUGAGUACUGUAAAGCCAUUUUCUGGGCCACCCAUUGGAACUUAUGGAAUUGAACCGUGGGAGUCACAAGUUGCAUCAGGGUUUGGAAAGGUCAGAGUGCCUGAAGAGUUAAAGUUUCCUCAUGCAUGUUGUGUGGGCAUUGCCUCUCAAACCACUCUUAGUAUUUUUAAUCCAACUGAUCGUUGGUUACAGGUUAUCAUUGGAACACUUAGCAUUACUGUCAAUGGUGAAAAGGUUGAUUUUUCAACAUGCCAUUGUUUGGUUUUUAAGAAUAAAACUGUUAUAGGACCACAUGCUACAGAAGAGAUAAAAUUUCUUUUCAUGCCAACCCACCCUGGGAUUUUUAGAUGCUUGUUAAGAGUUUCUUCCUGGCCUGUUUCAUCAGAUUCUGACACAAUAGCACAGGCAGAAGCUUUAGCAAGUAAGGUCGUUUUAACAGCUCUUGCUGAAAAUCCUGUUGUGGAGGUGGAACCAAUCAACACAGACUUCCUUGAUUUUGGAGAUCUACCUUAUGGAAGUUGGAAAGUUCUCCCAUUAAAAUUGAUAAACAAAACUCAUGCUGUUGUUCCAGUUAGACUUAUCAUCAAUGCAAAUGCUAUAGCUUGGCGUUGCUUUACAUUUUCCAAGGAACCAGUUAGUCUUUCUUUGGAAACUGCUCUUCAAAGCGAUAUGAUUGCUCAGCACACAGUUCCUUCUGUUAUAAACCAUGUGAUGUAUGCCAGUCGUGAUGGACAUGAUCCAGAAUUUCUGAAGAUAUGGGUUAUUUUCCAUGCUCCAAAAAAACAGAUCUCUUCUUCAGAGAACUUGGGACCAGCAGAAGAAUUUUUGGCAAGAAUUGAUGUGGAAGUUGAUAGCCCGAGCCCUACUACUGUUAUAAAAAGUGUUGCUCUUCGAGCAAGAGUAGGAAUAGCUAGGAUUCAUGCUCCAAAAGACUUGCAGAGAAUGCAUUUGUUUGCUUGUGUGGGUUCAUCAGCAAGACAAUUCUUGCCUUUGAAAAAUGCUGGAAAUAUCAGUGUCUACUUAAAUAUAAAGAUUUCAGAUCAACUGAGUCACUUUUCUGUAGAUCCAGAGAAUCUCUUUCUUAAACCUGAAGAGGAACAAGAAGUUGCAGUUUCAUUUGCUCCAAAGGAGUUCAAAAUUUAUGAAGAAAGACUCUUGAAAAUACUGGUGCAGCCAUCUGGUCCUCAGUAUGAAGUAGUAUUGAAAGGUGAAGUAGAUUCUUCAGGAAACAAAUAUCAGACACCUACAUCUUCAUCUCACUACUCAGAUGUUCCACCUAUUUUAUCUAACAAGCAGUUCAUGAUGUGGGGAGGUGUCGCACUUGGAAGAAUACAUCUGCAGAAACUAGCACUCCGAAAUAACUCUUCAUCUACAACUCAGCAUUUGCGUCUGUUAAUAAGAGGACAGGAUCAGGAUUCCUUUCAGCUUCAAAAUACUUUUGGUUUAGAAGAACGGUUAACAAGUAACUGUGAAAUCAGAAUUCGUCCAAAAGAGGAUAUUAACAUCUAUUUAAUGUUUGCACCAACCCGAAUAUCUUGUAUGCUGGCUAAACUUGAAAUUAAACAACUAGGAAUUCGAUCACAACCAGGCAUUAAAUUCAGUAUACCAUUGUCUGGAUAUGGAGGAACAAGUAAUCUUAUUUUGGAGAAUGUUAAAAAACUCUCAGAUAGUUACAUGGUAACAGUAAAUGGCCUAAUUCCUGGAAAAGGAAGUAGAGUUCUUUUCUCUGUGAGAAAUACAGGUUCUCGAGCAGCUUAUGUUAAGGCAAUAUGUUUUAAGGACUCGCAAGCAAAAGUUAUGUUGGAUACUCAAGAGAUGAGGAUUUUGCCAGAUAAGUUUGUACUCAAAGAUGGAGGACAAGAGACAAUCACUUUAAUAUAUAAUCCAACUGAAAAGGAGAAAAAUUGUCAAACUGCAACAUUAUUGUCAACAAUAUACUUCUUUGGUGGAGAUGAAAUAUCAAGACAGCAAUAUCGAAGAGCCUUGUUACAUAAGCCAGAGGUGGUAGAACAAAUACUUCCAGCACAUUGCUUGCUAAAGAACAUUUGUUUUGAUGAAGCAUUUCAAAAUGAGCAGCUAAUAACUGAAGUGUAUGAUCUUCCCGAAAGGCCAAAUGAUGUCCAGUUCUUUUAUGGAAGCAUGCGCAAAAUAAUUCUUUCUGUAAUUGGUGACUUUAGUGCUACAAGUUCUAAUCUUGGUUCACUUCAGCAUUGUUUAAAACACAACUUAAAUUCUGACAGUGAAUCCAGAAGUUCUGAAAGGCAUAUCAACAAUGUUUCUUUGGAUGUUCUUCCAGUUAAAGGACCUCAGGGUUCUCCCCUCCCUUCACAACCUGCUACUGAACCAGGUCAAAAUACAUUAAUUUCUCAACAAACAUGGACUGUUCAACCAGAGCACUUAAUUCUGAAUGCUCCUUCUAUUUGUGGCAUGACAAAAACCGGUCAUAUACAUAUCUUAAAUAAUUCUGUUAGGUCACUGAAAUUUGAACUCUCUUGGCCAGCUCAUUGUCUUACAGUAACACCACAACAUGGAGUUAUUAACCCAGAGAGUAGACUACUAAUUCUUGUAAGUCCUAAUUCAUCGUUUGGCACAAAGCCCUCAGCUUUUCCAUGGAGUGGUCUGAUCUAUAUACAUUGUGACAAUGGAAAAAAGGUUGUAAAGGUACAAAUUCGAGAAGACAUUACUCAGGAAGGUCCUUCAACACACUUGGCCUUUAAACCAUUUUUAACAUCUGAGUUUCCAGUGAGUCAUAUGGUAAAACCAAUUACAAAACCAGCCUCCACAAAAGUUGAAAUAAAAAAUAAAACCAUCACUUUUCCUGAUACAGAACGUGGCAAAACCUCAGAAAAUUAUCUGGAACUUGAAAAUAAUGGUGAUGAAGAAGCAAAGUGGAAUUUAUCAUCUUUUGCUCCAACUUAUGUCAAGGAUGUUGAUGAAAGCGGAGAUGUCUUUAGAGCUACUUACACAGCUUUUAGAUGUUCUCGUAUUUCUGGUACCUUAGAAGGUCAUGGAAAACAGAAGAUUGCUAUCACUUUUUUACCAAGAGAUAAAGGAAAUUAUGCUCAGUUUUGGGAAGUCGAGUGUUAUCCCAGUGCAGAACCUCACAUUAAACAUGCACUGCGAUUCCUGCUAUCUGGAGUGGUGAGUAUUAUGGAUGAAAAAAAAACAUGUAUUAAAUGUUUCUUAAGUGUUACGUAUUAUAAUUUAAUUCCUGUAGCUAAAAGUACUGGGCCAGAAGCUGGAUCAGAAAAAGUGUCUACACAUGCUCUGAUAAAAACAGAUAAUCUAUGUAGGUCCAGAAAACAAACUGGCUCUGAGGCUUCUGCUUUUGUACCUCGGCAAGGUGAUGUGACUCAGCGAGGAGUUUAUGCCCCACAAGAUGUAUAUGUAUUUCUUCCAGUUAGAGUUGGAGAAUCAAGAACUGUAAAAGUCAAUUUACGGAAUAAUUCUUUCUCUACUCACUUGCUGAAGUUUUUAAGUCCCAGAGAGCCUUUCUCCGUCAGGCAUUCAAAAUAUUCUUUGAGAGCUCAGCAUUAUAUCAACAUGCCUGUCCAAUUCAAACCAAAGGCAGCAGGGAAAUUCAAAGGUCUCUUAGUGGUUCAAACAGACGAAGGCAAAAGUGUUGGUAUUCAGCUGGUUGGUGAAGCUCUUGAAAAGUUUUAACUGGAAAGCAGUUUGUGGAAAAUAAAUUGUCAUAAUAGCUUCCUCAUUUUCUAUGUCAAAAUAAUGCUUUUGUAAAUGUUUUGUAUUAUAAAUUGAGCUAUGUUUAACAAUUUUGUUUUUACCCUAAUAUUGAAGACAACUGAAAUAUCAUGUUUCUCUUAUGUUAUUGCACGUGUUUCUACAAAGGAGAAAAAUGUUCUAUUUUUACAUUAAUUAUGAUUUGCCAAUAAAGAUGUAUUUAUUUUAAUUCACUA